ACAGUCAGCGUCCACAGGGUUAAAGACACGUGGAAGCAUUACGUUGGACGGAAGACGUCAUUAAAAAAUGUGUCAGAUAUGUGUCACCAGAAACUACAAAAAAAGUGAAGCGUAAGGAAAAUUUACUUCCAGCUAAACUAUCAGUUUCUCUCGGUAAGAGACAGGAUAAGUUAUACCACAGCGUGAGAAAACAUGGAGGAAGAUAUCCUGACGACACUAAAACUUCUAAUUAUUGGAGAAAGUUCUGUAGGAAAGUCAAGCCUUUUGCUCCGAUUCACUGAUGACAAAUUUGAUCCUGAACUAGGCUCCACGAUAGGAGUUGACUUUAAAGUCAAAAGUAUAACUUCUGAUGGCAAUAAUGUGAAGCUGGCGAUAUGGGAUACUGCUGGACAGGAACGAUUUCGAACACUGACGCCAAGCUACUACAGAGGAGCUCAAGGGGUUAUACUCGUUUAUGAUGUCACAAGAAGGGAAACAUUUAAAAGGCUGGAGAACUGGCUAAAUGAACUGGAGACUUACUGCACGAAAAACAACAUCGUAAAAAUGCUGGUUGGAAAUAAGAUUGAUAAGUCUGAUCGGGAGUUGGACAGAAAUGAAGGCCUGCAGUUUGCCAGGAAACAUGCUAUGCUUUUUAUUGAGGCCAGUGCGAAAACGAGAGAUGGAGUGCAGUGUGCCUUUGAAGAAGUUGUGGAGAAAAUCAUCCAGACGCCAGGACUAUGGGCAACCGAGACACCACAGAGGGGGGUCAGACUAGCAGAAGCAGCAUCAAUCCAGCAAGGAUCUUGCUCUGGGUAUUGCUUACUUAUUUAAAACAACCGUUGUAAAAAAUCUUAAAAGGACCUGAAGUUCAGCUUGGAAAUGGACAAUUUUUAAAAGGGCUAAAACUCGAACUGGAAUAUGUUUAGGACCAAGCAGACUAAUUCAUGAGGUCUGUAGCACUUAACAGACAGGGAACUUGGGUGAUUUUCUACAUUAUGUUUGCACAAGAUUUGAUUCCGUUUUUAAUUCUGUUCUUUUAAAUUGAGCCUUUAUGGACCGUGAAGCGUCUUGAAGGAUGUAUCUUCCAAAGUGACACCACUUCAUCGAGAAAAGUGUCACACAGACUUACUGUACUUGAGACUCUUCUUUUAAUGAGAUACUAGUAACUUUCAUCUGCAACUCCGUAACUGUAUUUAACCCCUUCACUCCUCAAACUGAUCCCUUUCAAACCACUGUAAGUAAUGAACAACAUUGUUAAUCUGUACAAGUCUUGGUGCAGAGGAGGUAUUCUACAUUUCUGUGUUAGAAUACUAAAAGAAAUGUUUAGGUAAACAAAAACAACCGGUUAUCUUCAUGUUCUGUUUGUGGUGUGAUGUGUGUUGUAUUUCUGUGCACAAGUGUGUCAGUUGUUUAGAGGUUAAGGGUUCAAAACCAAGAGUCAAAAAUACUGUGUCUUACAGUAGUGAGGUUUUUUUUUUUUUUUUUAAAUAGUGUUCGGACAAGUGAUAAUGUAAAGCAAAUGCUGCAUUCUGUGUAAACCAUUCUUUUUAAAUUCAGUAUUUAUCCACAAUUUUGAAGGUUUGUGUUUUUGCAUUUUUGUUGUUAAAGGCUGCCCUAAUUGAUUUCAUCUGAUUUCCCAAUGAAGAAUGCAAAUACACACAUACAGUAUGUAAUGUAACAUACAGUACAUAUCCCUUGCAAAGCAUGACAUUACAGGUACCAGUACAGCACAUGAAAACAGAGUGGCGUGACCUACAGCCACAAAACACGAAACUGAAUCCUUUAACUAAUGCCUAUGCUCAGGUUUCAAGUGGUUCCAAAGACACCAUGAUACCUUGCACACAGCAGUGUUCCAAUGUAAAUAAACCGUCCUGGCAACUGCUGCAGUAGGGACCAAACAGCUACAAGGAAAUAAGGAGUUUGACUCAAAAAUAGUUAACCAAGUUUUGUAAAAUAGAUGAUCCAAUGUUAUUGCUGAGGAUAUUGUUAUACCAUACAUUGGGUAUUACUUCAACAUAAGACUGGGGAUGUUCUAGUAUUUUCAGAUGACCACAAGGCAUGGUUUAAAACUGCUUGUUACAACGGGGAACAAAACAAUAAUCUCCACUUGAUUUUAAUUUCUGACUGCUCAUGUAAUUCCUCUGUAGCUACUUCAAACCGAUUCCCUGUCAGGCAUAAGGCAACUGUUGAAAGGUCUAUAGCUUAGCCAGUCAGGCACUGUCACUGCGACAAAUUUGAAAACUGACUGAUCAAUAAAACUAUUAAAAAUUGCUAUUGAAAAAACUAUGAUCAAGACUGGUACAUAUUUGGCAACAUGAUGUGGAAUUUAUUUUGUGUCGUCUGAGGUGUGAAAGAUACUUAUCAAAAGUGUAGUUCUAUUUGUUUUACUGCAUCGCUGCAUAUUUUCGCUUGUCACAUUGUGUCUGAUGUAUCGCGGUCUUUACUAUGGAAACUUUUUAACCCUUUAAGGACUGAUCGUGUAAAAACGUAGUGUUUUUCUGGGCCCGUGAUUGGGUAAACGAGCUAAAAAUACACUUCAAUUUCUUGAAUUACUGGGCCACCAUACUUUGAUGUGCAGGUUGGAAACACAUAUCAUUGCAUAGGAGAGGGAUUGAAUUUCACUCCCUGCUUUUUUUUUUUUUUUUGUGUGACAUCACUGAGACGGGCGCUUAAAUUUUAAAGGGCGGAGAACAUUUCAGAAGCACGCAGAAAGAAAAACAUCAGAGGAACUUGUUUAGAGAAAAGAAAGAAACCGAAAACACUGUUUCAUGUGUUUUAAUAUAUGUUUUUGCAACAUGUGUGAAUAUCCAGAAACUAGUUGAUAAAAGCAGAUACUGUUUCAUGAACUAAAUGUAAAUCCAUAAAGUUUUUUUCAUUAUUACUGAAUAAUGGAAUUAACUUAUUUCAUUAUCAGUAAAAAUGAAAAAAAAAAAUAACUGAUGAACAUUUAUUUAAUUAUUUUCUCAAAGUAAAUGUUUAUGAAUGAACUAUUUGUAAAUAUUUAUUUUGAGAAAAUAAUCUAGUGGUGUCCAUAUUGCUUAUAAAGAUCCUGAGAAUUCGCGUUUUUUUUUUUUUUUUUUUUAACAAAAGGCUUUAAAUUCAUUAUAUCACUCAGGUGAAAGAAUGUCUUGUAUUUUGCCCAUAUUAAAGAAAUCAGCAGACCUUUCAGGGUAUGCUGUAGGGUCCUUCAACCUCCCAAAUCUACAAAAUAAUAAUUAAAGAAAAUUGAAAAAUACCAGAUUUUUUUUUUUUUUACUUUAUUGGAGUGGAACAUCUGAUUUUUAAAAAAAAAAAAAAAAUUAUUAUUUGAGUGUCCUGAACCAAAAUAUACCAUGCUGAAGUCUCUACUUCUACUUUUUGAUGAAUUUCAAAGAUAGAAGGGCAGUGUGGCAGAUAGAAGCCCUGCUGCUGUAAAUAGUGUGUGGAGGGAAUGUAAGGUUGGCGGGGAUGGGGUUAAAUCUGUCCCUGCCAAAAAUCACAGGUGUGGCCUUUCUGCAAUUAGGUAAUUGAGUGCUAAUUGGUGUUUUUUUCCUGUUUUGUUCUGUUUAUUUUAUGAAUAAACAUGCACAUACGUGCUUAAACUGCA